GAAAACGCGAGUUCCAUCAAGGAAAAUGUUCCCUGUCAGGAGCGGUCAAUUUGUUUAUCGUGCUCUUUCUCAUUAUACGAUAAAACAUUGUACUCAAGGGCAAUGUCUCAGAAGCUUUUCUAGCACAGCUCAUGAAAUCCAGAAAAGCAGGGAUGAUCUGCCCAUACAGAUGGAGAAUCCAUUCAAGGAACCCACCAAGGGUUGCAUCCUGUGCAAUGUCGAAGUGGAUUUCAAAAACGUACAGCUUCUGUCUCAGUUCGUCUCGCCGCACACAGGUCGUAUUUAUGGCAGGCAUAUAACAGGUCUGUGUGGACGGAAACAGAGGCAAAUUUCAAAGGCCAUAAAAAAGGCUCAGCACAUGGGUUUUAUGUCAGUGACACUUAAAGACCCCGCCUUCCUGAAAGACCCCAACAUCUGCAAUAUCAAACACCUGGAGUAGCUCCAUGUUAACCUGUGCAGAGAUUAAAUAUUUGGUUCUGAAACAAAUUAAUCCAUUACUGCAGUGGCCAUUAAAAUGUUGUACAGAAUUUUUGCAGAAGAAUCCACUUCAUGUAUUGUUUCUUACAAAUAAUUCACCUAUGCUACA